GAGCACUCAAAAACAUUCUUUCUUAUUUAGGCUGAGUCAAGUCAUGCACUUAGCCCAACGGUUAUGCGGUUGCACUUAAGAGCAACAAGGUUGCAGGUUCAAUCCUAUGAAAAAGAAGUUGAUGUCCUAGUUGAUGAACUGGGAAGAGACCUGGGGUAGUAUACUUCUUCUGACCCUAAAAAGUCAAACACUUUAGUUUAGUCAUUGCCAUUGGCGUGCUUCUUACAAAUUUUGUAUCUAAACUGCAUCUUGUUUCCUCAUCUGGGGAGAGAGAGAGAGAGAGAGAGAGAGAGAAAUGGAGGGUGUGAUCUACUAUCCAAGCUACACCUUGGAGAGGGAGAUCAGCAACUUCAUCAAGGUAUGGAUUUCAGUAGUUGUGUCUUUAUGCUACUGCUAUUUUUCAGCUAAGUUUGUUCCCAAAGGUAUGCCCAGACUUUUCUCAAUCAUCCCUAUUGUCUCUCUCUUUUUUGCCCUUCCUCUCAAACUUCACUCCACCAACCUUGGCGGCAACACCGCUUUCUUCAUAGCUUGGCUUACCAAUUUCAAGCUUCUCCUUUUUGCCUUUGACAAAGGCCCUCUCUCCCACCCUUCUCUCUCUCUUCCCCAUUUCAUUGCUAUUGCUUGUUUCCCAAUCAGGAUCCAGCAAAACCCACCUACAAAAUCCCAGUCAAAUUUGACGAAGAAUCAAAAUGAAAAGAACCCGCCUACGAAACUCAUAUCUCAAAACGGGCUUAAUAGACAAAACUCAUAUCUCAAAACCACCGGAAAUGGAUGCAAAUCGAUCUGGAAUUAUGCUCUAAAGGUUGUUCUAGUAGGCUUGUUUUUACGUAUUUAUGAGUACAGUGACCGCAUGCACCUGAAGAUCGUUUUGGUCAUUUACUGCUUGCAUAUAUACAUCACGUUGGAAAUCAUGCUAGCCAUGGGGGCAGCUGUGGCUCGAGGUGUAUUUGGGUUCGAGCUUGAGCCGCCGUUCGACGAGCCGUACCUCUCGACCUCUCUCCAAGACUUCUGGGGAAGGAGGUGGAACCUCGUCGUAUCCCGUACCCUGCGCCCCACCGUAUACGAUCCCAUCCUAUGCAUCUCGGCGCGACUCAUGGGCCGGAAGUGGGCUGCGCUUCCAGCCGUGAUGAGCACAUUCGUGGUCUCCGGCCUGAUGCACGAGCUGAUGUUUUACUACAUGGGCCGCGUGCGGCCCACGUGGGAGAUCACGUGGUUCUUUCUUCUCCACGGUGCGUGUCUAGUUGUCGAGAUUGGGAUCAAGAAGGUGGUCAAUGGCAGGUUUUGGUUGCCUCGGGUGAUCGCAACACCGAUGACCGUUGGAUUCGUGAUGGUGACUGGCUUUUGGCUGUUUUUCCCGCAGUUUUUGAGGUGCAAGGCUGACGUCCGGGGAUUGGAGGAGUAUGCGCUUGUGGGAGCGUUUGUGAAGGACGUUGUUGCAGGUGUUAAGUUGGGAAAUUUCAGUCCCAGGGUUCAAUAGAUCGAUUUCAGUUGGAGAAUGGAAUGUGGAGAGAGAGAAAGAGAUCUCCCCAGGUAUUGUGGCUUAUUGAUUGCUGACUGGCCAUGUGAGAGAUAACAUAAAGUCAACUCACAUUUUCAUCUCACAUGGUAAAGUCAACUCCAAUUCUCAAAGAUGUGUUCGUUAUUAUCUGGUGCCACACCUCAGAUUUAUGUCUGGAAUGGUUAAAAAUGUAUUUAUUGUAACUUUUAAUUUUUAUGAUAUUUUAUGUUUGUAGUUUGAUGAAUAA